AUGGUCGCCUGUUACCCGACUCCGUCCGGUGCUGAGUGCAUGCGAAUCACAAACCUCCUCCGCGUAUCAAUAGAGGCUACAUCAGCUUGGAACGGUUGCGGCGACGUCGGCACAACUUGCGCCGCCAGUCGUGACCUAAACAUUCCGUACGCUAUAUCUGCGACAAGUUUGCACGUCCCGCGGACGUUUGAUGAUGACCUAACCGCCUUUUCG